CUAGAAAACAAUCCACUUCCGUGUUGCUCAUGUGACUUCUGUUAGGCGCACACAGAAAAGGUUUGACAGUUUGGUUUUCUGAUUGUCUGUACCUUAAAUGAACCACUAUCCUAACAUUUCAUGGUAUUUUAUCGCUUAGUUAAUUUGAUUUAAAAGACAAAUACGCCCCUGUUGUGUCAAUCACCGUUGAUCAGCUGCACUUUGCCUCAAUUAUUCUAAAGUUUUAAUAAUAUUCCGUUGUGUGUGUGUUUUUGUGUUACCAGUCAUGUCUAGUCGGUACCAGAUUGUGGUGCAGGGCGAGGCCUCUGAGACGGACUCAGAUGAUGAGGUCUACAUCACCUCUAUGGCUGCUCCCCAGACAGCAACAAUGGGAGCCAAGGUUGAUAUGCAAAUGUGUGUGUGUGUGUGUGUGUGUGUGUGUGUGUGUGUGUGUGUGUGUGUGUGCGUGCGUGCGUGCGUGCGUGCGUGCGUGCGUGCGUGCGUGCGUGUGCGUGCGCGUUUGAUGGACUGAGAGAUAAAGUGUGUUUACAUGCAUCAAGCCCUCCUCUCCUAAACCUUCAAGCUACUUUGUCUCUGAUCUCUGAUGCGGCCAGGUUCCCGGGGAAGCCUCAGAAACUGACAGCGAGAAUGAGGAGGAACAGUCGGGUCGGAUCUCUGCUCUGAGCCAGGAGAGUGCUCAGAUACUCAGGAGAGACCUCCCCCCUCUCAUAGUUGUACGAGACCACCCUGAUAUACAGUCUAUAGUUGAAGACAGGCCGAGCCCCACACAUAGGCCACAUGGUGAGGAAUCCUGGUCUGAAUUCGAUUGUUAUGGUGUGAUGGAUGCCAACAUUUAGCAUUUCAAUGUCCUUUCAUCGCAACUGGAAAAUCUUUAUGAAUAAAUAAAAGUAUGCAUGGAAGACAUUUCAUUUUAGCCUUUAGUAUUAAAAUUUCAGGGUAAAUAAGUUUCUGUGUCUGUUUCCAGGUGACACACUUUUACAACAGAAACUGCAGGAGUCUAACAGCCGGCUGUAUUCUGACGUUGGACAGACACUACGGCACGUUUAUGGCAGUGCCAGUCGAGAGGUAUGAGGUUAUUGUAAACUCCAGCUUUCAGAGAUAUGCACUUUAACUUACCCUAUCUCAGCAGUCCACUCCAAUGAGGUAAUUUUGAGAAUAUUCAAGCCGUAAACUAUUACUGUUUUCACAUAUUCUACGAAAGCCUGGACAGGAGUCAGUGUUUUCUGUGACAUCAAUUAUGAUCCCAUGGUUAAUCUCUGAUUUGAGCUCAAUGGGAGUAUUUGAAUGUCUUCAUAAAAAUACUGCAAUAGUUUUGACAUGAUGUUUUCUUUUAAAGGUGCACAAUGCAACAGCCCAGCUGACUACCUCACAGAGCGCCAUCAUCAACGCUUCUCACAGCAUCCGCUUAAUCCUGGAUGACCUGAAGGCGGUUUCUGAGAAGAUUGACAUCAUCACUAGCUGUCAAAUACUGCCUGAUAUCAACAUCAAUAAUCUCAAUAAUUCUACUGCCCCUGCACCUUAAAAAAAACCAAGGCAUAUAUAUUCUAAGCAUUAAUAUCACCUGGAUGUCUCACAUCAUAAAAUAAUUGCGUUCAGUAAAUCAGUUAGGACUCAAGCUGGUAUAUCAAAGCAAGUGAGAUUUACUUCAGUGUUUACAAGUUUCCCUAUGCACAUGAACAGGUAUGUUAUUUGAAGUCACACCGUGAGCUGUAUGUAUUUAUCUGUGAGUUUUUUUUACUGUUUGUGUGCCUGAAGCAUUGAAAUGUCUUAGUAAAAAGUUAAAUAAACAAACCAUAUCAACUAAUAUUUCUUGAAACUUUUACAAAGGUAAUUAUUUAAAACAUCUCCAAAUAUAAUUACAAAGCUACAUAAUCUCUUAAAACACUGCAUUAAUUAUACUUAUGUGAGGAGGAUUACAUGUUAUUCUCAAAGAUUUUCUAGCAUGUGAUUUAUUGAUCAUGAAUAUGCAUCUAUGCAAAAUUGCUAAAAACAGAACAUAAAAUGCAACGUUACAAAAAUUACUUGCCUGAGCUAGUGCAGGUUUUGCAGUUUGCAAGAAAGGGAGGGUUUCACUUUGGUGAGUCCUUCAUUAUCUUAAUAAAUAAAGGGUUUAGAAAAGAAGCCCUCUUUAGUUCUUUUAUUCAUCAUUUGGUGAAGCCAGCCUGUCAACGAGAAGUAUCAAUAACUUCAGAUACAUCAGUUGAUUGUGUGAAGAUUUGUCAGAUGGGUGAGAAGAUAUACACAAACACCAACUGCAGCAGGUUGAGAACUGUGCCUACAAUACCAACAAUUCCAGACUGAGUGAUUAACUAUGAGCAGCCAGCAUGCAAAUCUGUCAUUCUCUUCAAGCAGGAAGUGUUUUUAUUUUUAGUGCAUUAGCAUAACGACCACCAGAGGGCGCCUUUGGAACAGAUAUUCAUUUUCCUCCUGCUGCUCUCUGCUUAACCAUUUGUUUUCCCUCCCACCAAUGAAGGCUGAAUUACAAUGUUGACGUCUUGUCCCACACAUAUAAGAAAUAGGACUUCUUUGUAGGACUUAAAAUAGGACUUAAUUGAUUGCUGAGGGGAAAUUCAAUUGUCAUGUCUCAAGUCAUCUACUAUUUACAGAAGAAUUAUAAAGUCUGAUGGCUGUGGGUACAAAAGAUUUUCCAAAACUUUCUGUCCUUCAGCAAAGAGAGAGGAGCCGUCCACCACCAUUUGCCCUGUGGUUGAUCAAGGUGUUAUGAAUAUAUGUGCAACAGUUGUUUUUUACCCAAUACAGCAAUACAGCAAUGAAAUGGGGGUGUGAUUUUUCACAGAAGGAAAAUUUGCAGUAAAGACAAGGAAAUAUUCAGUUCCAAUGGUCAAAUAUUUCAAAUCAAGGUAGUAAAGGAUGAACACAUAGUACUUGCAUCAAUUAAGUUAAUCUAUUUUUGCAUGUUUUGCAAAUAAGUCAGGUGGAGCAACAUAUGUAAUUGAAUCUUUGUUGAUGAGUUCAUCCAUACACGACUGAAGCAUUGUGGCAAGAGUGAUGCUUGUUUUGACGUAAUACAAGCUUGUGAAUCAAUAAUGUUGGCACUCUUGGAUCUUGGAUCAAUAAUUUUUCCAGCCUUGUAUUUUAAUUUAAUCACAAAAUUACAUUUUAAUGAACAGAACAUAUAUUCUUUGAUAUUUUGAUUUAUUGUGCUAUUGUGUUUAAAGAUACUAUAAGGAGUUUUCUAGUUCUAUCUGAUACUGGUGCCUCUGUAUGACUUUCAUUAGGAAAUGAGACCAUCAGCAACAGGUCAAAAAAUUUCUUUGUUAUGAUUUUAAUCCAUGAAAUCAUGGUGAGGGGUUAAGUUUACGCCUGAUGGUUGACAGCACACUCAAGAAAAUGCUUUUUCAAAAUUUUUAUACAACAAAUACUCACAGUAAGUUAUCCUUUUUACUGUAAAACGACAACAAAAUGAGUUUUUUGUCUGACAAAAUACUUUCACUUUAUAAGAGGUGUCACUUCAGGUUGCAGAAAGAGCCAGCCAAUAGGGAGCACCAGGGCACCACCCCACCCCACAAGGAGAAUUAUUGAGUAUUUGAAAGAUAAGUCAGAUUCAGGAAAUUCAGGUUUUUUCAAAAAAUUCAGUAAAUAUUUUUAACAACUGGAUACAAUAGAUAAACUACAGUUCAGAGGCAGAUUAUGAUGUUUUCUCUCUUUUGUGUCAGGUCAUGUGUGGUGAGCUUAUAGAGGCUUGUGCGUGUCCAAUUGAGAAAUGGUAGAGAGAGACCGAGAAGGCCCUUGAAUACUUUGUGGUGACAUCAUUUUGAUUAAUGCUGCUUAUGUGUGAUGGAUAGGAUUUGCCGCCGUGCAUCCUUAAGUGUUCAUGUUCUGUGUGAACGUGCAUGGACACAAUUAGAGACUGAGAAAACCCCAGUGGAGAAAUGUGUCACGGUGCUUAAAAUUACAAGCCAAUGUCACCACCAAAAUACUCCAUUUUACUAAUUUCCUUUUUUAGCCAUUGUUCAGUCACCUCUUGAAAAUAAUUAAACUGUAGAAGGAAGAGAUACACACACCCAAACC